AUGUUACUACUCUCGACGCUGCUGUUAUCGUUUACGCUCAGUGGACAAUCACUAGGCCCAAAAACUAUUCCGGAAGAGCUGCGUAAACGUGUCCGUGAAGCACAAACACUUAAUGAUUUGAAGACUGUUGCAAAUCUUGCUUAUGCACCGCAUUUAAUCGAGCACAAGGACCAAAAGACACUGAGAUUGUCCCCGAGUCUACGUCUAUCUAAUGAACGGAGUAUGGUGAAGUUGCAAGGAGCUAGUGCAUUCGCUUUUUCAAUGAAUUCUGAACGUUCUGAUCCUCAACCCGACCUAAACGGUACAAGAAUAUUCGUUCUAACACUAUCUUUCCAGGCUAUUGAUAUGGUAGCUUAA